CCCCCGAACGCUCGCGAGCCGGCUCCUCAGCCAAAUCACCAUCUGCCCCGAGAUCUCCUGAGACUACCGAGCCUACGGCAGAAGGCGCCGAGCCUCCAAUGGCAGAAAUUCCUUUUGAUGAAGAGGAGAUCGAGGAUUCCGGCGUAGAUGAUUACGAUGACGAUACCGCCUCAUCAACAGCCUCUCUGUCUGAGAGCAUAUUCGACUACCGCCAGAUCCAUGGCCGGACGUUCCAGAAUUCCAAGACGACCGAGUACUGGGGUCCCAACGAUGAGCGCCAGAACAAUGGACUCGAUAUAUCGCACCACUUCGUAACAAUGCUUCUCGGCGACCAGUUGUUCGAGGCACCCAUCAAGAUCCCGCCUACCAGAGUCUUGGACGUUGGCACUGGAACAGGCAUCUGGGCCAUUGACAUGGCCGACAAAUAUCCUUCCGCCGAGAUCGUAGGGACCGACAUCAGUCCCAUCCAGCCCAUGUGGGUGCCGCCAAACUGCAUCUUCCACAUCGAAGACGCGCAACUCGAAUGGACGUAUCCGGAGGAGUCUUUCGACUUUAUCCAUAUCCGGGCACUCUAUGGCAGCAUCAGCGACUGGAGCGAACUGUACAAGCAAGCCUUCAGGACGGUCAAGCCGGGGGGCUGGCUCGAGGACUUUGAAUUCAACAUCACGCUGAUGAGCGACGUCCCCGAGGUUCGAGAUGACCCCAAGCAUAUCUUCAAGCGCUGGGCGGAGGUGUUUACUGAAGCCGGUGAGCGCAUGGGCCGGACGCUGCUCAUUGGCACUGGAGGCCAGAUGCGCAAGCUGAUGCAGGAGGCCGGCUUUGUCGAUGUCGUUGAGAAGAAUUACAAGGUCCCGAGCGGCAAAUGGAGCAGCGAUCCCACCAUGAAGACGAUUGGCGCGUUCAACCUCGCCUUUCUCGACGAAAGCCUCGAGGGAUUCGCGCUCUUCAUGCUCAAGGAGAUUAUGGACUGGGACUACAUCGAGGUCCAGGUCUUUGUCUCGGAGAUGCGCAAGGCCAUCAACAACCCCAAGAUUAGACCAUACUAUAUCCUUACGAAUGUCUUUGCGCGAAAACCGGAAAUUUAGGAAUCCAUUUUGUUGUUUUUAAGCCAGCGACUUUGUUCUUUCUCUAGCGUUCAUGUUAAGAGCCUGUUAACCUUUGUACCUAUACGAGACCCGAGUUGAGCAACGGCCUAGUAAAGAACCAGAUACCCCAUCAGAGACGAACACUCGUCCAUGUGGCCCGAUGAUUGAUAGAUUGGAUGGGCCGCAUGGCUUUGACGGCACUGGUUGUCAUGCAUUGUUAUUGAUCACAAAGUCUAAUUUGCGCUAUACGACACCGCGCAUGCGAGAAUGAAGAUCUUAUUAACCUGG